UUUUCCACACAUAUAGACCAUCCAAAUACACAACUCGAGUUCGAAGACUGGUUCGAUCGGUCAAGUGGUUGGCCGGUAGGGGUCAUAUGGGUGUUGGGGGUCAAGGGUAACGAAAAUUAAAAAUUUGCGUGAAAGUUUAUAAUGACUAGCAAUGGAAGAAUAUAACGUAGAAUUAAAUAGAUUUUUAUCUUGAGGUACCCUAUAGGGUAAAUGUUAAUCCUAAGUUAUUUCUCGACUCCAUACUAAAUUAUUUCAGCUGAUUAUAUCAAUUUUAAGAAAUCGGUGUGGACCACCCCCUAGUGUCCCUCUGCAAAUUUGUGUUCAUAUUUAACUUCCUAUUAUUUCAUGAGAAGGCAGUAAAGAUCUCUGGUCCUAAUUUCAGCUUUCCAUGUUAAUCCCUGAAAAUUGGUGGGGGUCACCCCAUAGGGUCCUUCCAGAUGAAAAUUUUCCAGAUUCCAAUGUAUAUUCUUCCAUGAAGAGCGAUAAGAAAACUAAAUGCCAAAUUUCAGAACGAUAUGACGAUUUUGAAAAAUCAGUAUGGGUUAGUGGGUCACCCACCCUUCCAGAUGAAAAUUCUACCAAUUUCAUUUCAUAUUCUUCCUUUAGGCCCCAUAAGCAACCUAUCCACCAAAUUUAAGUUAGAUAUGACGACUUUGAAAAAUCGGUAGGGGUCACCCCAUAGGGUCCCUCAAGAUAAAUUUUUCGAAUUUGAGUUCAUAUCCUUCCUUUAGGACCCAUUUACUCCUCUGCACCAAAUUUGAGCUUUCUACGACAAUUUCGAAAUUUUGGUGCAUAAUUCCCAACCACCCAGAUGACCCCUACGGGUCAACCAGUGGACCGAUUUUGCCCAUCUUCGAACUCGGUUCCUAACUUUGUCCAAUAUGCAUCUGGUAAAAAUUUCAAGUCAAUCGGCCAACUCGUUCCAGAGUUGUCGAAAGACAGACGGACAGAAGGAGGGACGGACGGACGGACGGACAUGACAAUUACAUAAGCCCUGGUUCGGGCUAAAAACAAAUGUCGACGUCACGAAUUAUGGCGAAUUUGCCAGGGAACGACAAACGUCUACGUCACGAAUUAAGGUAAGGUUUUCUGUGGCAACAUAUGUCGUCGUCACGGGUUAUGGAGCGGAUUUUGACGAUGACAUAUGCCUUUGUCACGAAUUAUGGACAAGUCGCCAAAGCGACAUAUGCCACUUUCACAGAUUAAAUGGUUAAACAUCGCGUUGAAUAAAGUCCACCCAUGUGAAAUCCAAUACACACCGAACGUUUCGAAACUGUCAAGAAUGUUGCAUCAAGUCGAUGACCAACUAGUCAACCUGUGUUUUGGUACUGUUCAAAACGACCUUCUGCUAAUGUCGGACGACGAGUACGACUACGAAAACUCAUCUCAAAUCGGAUUCCACUUGUCGAAAAAGAUGCCAAAAUUACGAAAGUUUUCCAACCGCAUUGUUGAAAUGUUUCGAUGUGCCGACUUUUUACAAAAUAUCGAAAUGAUGCCCCUUCUGGAAACUUUGGUGCUUGGAAGAGAUCUAGCAGAGGUGAGAGGUGUGGAUGACAUUUUGCGAGGAAUUUGUAACGCGAAAAUGAUUUUGCCAAGUGUACGAAAAUUGGAGCUUAUCGAGUUGUACGAUCCCAGACUUUUGGACGGAGUGGCCACUGCAUUUCCGAACGUGGAGAGGUUGGAGAUGGUUCGGUUGUUGGCAAAGGAGUUAAAAGAGGAAGUGAGAUUGGACGUGGGCGUGGUGUUGGAGGCGUGUCGGGGUUUGAGUGCGUUAAAACAUUUGAAGUUGACCCUAUCGGUGUAUCCUGCGGAAAUGGUGGAUUUUAUCCAGGGACUUUUACAAGGCAGGGAAUUGUUUCAACGCCUUACAACGUUGGAAAUUACGACGUGCCGUUGGAAAUACGUACCACGAAAUUUGACCGAAGAUGAGAUGGUUCUAUUUAAGCAACUGCUUCUCGUGAUAGAUAAGAUGGACCGGGUCACGAUUGCCAAUCUUGAUUUAAACGAAGAAUCUGCGAAUAUUAUUCUGGAUUUCAUAGCGUAGAAUAAAAUGUCACCGUCCAAAUUUCGGAUGAUUCUGGAUCCGGAGGAAUUUUGAUAGUCAGAAAUGCAUCAACUAGUUUUUCCCUGUUUAUAAUGUAUUAAUAAGUACUAAUUUUUUGGGUACGUCAAACAUGUAAAUUACUUUUGUGAAAUGAGCAAAUAUUGCAUUUUCGAUAGAAUGAAGUGGAAAAUUGUCCAUAAAAUUUUGCGGAAAUUUAAUCUGAAAAUUGAUUUCAUAUCUUUAUAAUUAAAAUUGUGAUGUCAAAUUUAGCGUGAAUAAAUAAGGGAAUUAACUAUUUAGUUCUAA